GUGGAGGUGCUUAUCUUCCCGCCAAGAAGCUGUCAAAAUUGUCAAAAUCGGGAUAACUUUAGAGGCCCGAUCCACUGUUGUUUAUUUUUAUCAAAUCAAUAAUUGUUAUACAAAUUUAUUAAUUAAAAGUAUUCGGUAAACAUGUCUAAAUCAGAAGACAACGAGGAAAAUUGGAUAUCGACUAUGGAUAAUCUGUGCUCUAAGUUAAACGUAGAUCCAGUUGCUGCAAAAAAAGCCAAGGAUUCAUUUUUGGAAAUAAAACGCAAUUACACUCUAGAUGGAGAACCGCUACACUGGAUGGCAUGUGCAAUGUAUGUUGCGUGCCGCACCACCAUCACCCCGACUCUAUCAGGAAAGGCUGUGGAAGGAAACUGUGUAUCACUGACCAGGCUUCUACGGAUUUGCAACAUAAGUCUAAUACAGUUUUUCAACAAAAUAAAGAAAUGGAUGGAAAUGGCAGCCAUGUCCACAGACUUCAAAGAGAGGAUAUCACACUUGGAGCACAAAUUUGCAGUGUCUACUGUGCUCUUCAGGAAGUUCCAGCCAAUUUUUCAGGAAAUCUUUUCAGGAUUAACAAAUGAGCCUAUGAAAAGCAGCACUAAAAGUAAAAAGCCAAAACUCCAACCAUGCACCACAAAUGCCCUGUUUGAGUUCACCUGGUGCCUGUACAUCUGUGUGAAAGGAGAAUUCCACACUUCUGCUGAUGAUCUGGUAGACAUGUACCACAUUCUGCUGUCGUGUCUAGACUUUGUGUUCUCCAAUGCCUUCAUGGGUAGGAGGAUUGACUUGAUCAAUCCCGGAUUUAAAGGUUUACCAAAUGAUUGGCUGAAAGAUGAUUUUGAACUGCCAAAGAAGGCACCAUGCAUCAUAUCCACAUUGUGUGAAAUCAAGGAGGGAAUAGUAGUGGAGGCUGCUACCAUGAAGGAGUACAGCUGGAGGCCUGUUAUCAAAACCUUCUUCGAGAAGGGGAUUUUGCAGGGUGAUGCUGAUCAGUUGACUGGACUAUUAGAUGUAGGACUAUUUGACAUCAAUUUGAAAUCAUUAAAUAAUGUUUACGAAACUUACGUUCUUAGCGUAGGUGAAUUUGACGAAAGAAUAUUUUUAGGAGAACACGCCAAUGAACAGAUAGGCACGAAAAACAAAGUAUCGGGUGAUGAGAUAUCUGAAGUUAUUGCUACAUUUGGACCAAGCGGGAAGGCAUGUCCCGACACACCACUAACGGGGCGCGGCUACCUGGGGCGGCCGUCGCCGCUGACGCCCGUGUCCGAAGCCACCAACAGCAUCGCGCGCCUCGCCAACUACCUGCGCCACACCAAACCCGCGCCGAGCCACCACAUGACCCGGCUGUUCGCUGAACGCGACGUAUCCGAGGAAGUAAUCAACACAAGCAUCAUACAGCCCUGCAACCGCUGGAUGGAGCAGUUCUCCAACGCCUUACGAGAGACCAACUGCAGCGCGGAAACCAUCACGUUCCGGUGCAACAUGGUCACAUGUCUCUACUACAAAGUCUUCGAACACAUCAUCAGAGAAGAACAUAGGAAGAAACCACACAUCUCACUACAGUUACUAGUGACGCAGCAGACAUACCAACUAUCUCUCUUCGCGUGCUGCGCGGAAGUAGUGCUGCACGCGUAUGGCGCGCACUCGCUGCGUUUCCCGCGCGUGCUGCGUGUAUUCCAGCUUAGCGCCUUCCAUUUCUACAAGAUCAUCGAGCUAGUCGUGCAAGCAGCCAAGGAUAACCUCAGUCGUGAUCUUGUGAAGCAUCUUAACGCAGUCGAAGAAGAAGUACUAGAAUCGUUGGUGUGGACGUCGGACAGCCCGCUGUGGGAGCGGCUGGAGCAGGGCGCGAUACCGGCCUCCACCGACGUUUACAUUUCCGACUCACCGCUGCGGAGAACCAAUGGUGGCAUGCAGUCUCCCGUAUCGACAGUGAUCGACCGCUUCCUGCUGCCGAUGGCCGACCACGCCAAGAAGCAGCUGUUCAAAGACAACAUCAAACCAGGACAGUCGCUAUUAGUUCCAAACAGUAACGUGGUAGUCAAGCAAGAGCCUCUAACGCCGACGCAACAGAAUUCGGGCGCUCCGAGCGGCGAAACGACACCUAACUCCACGCCCAAGAAAGCUAAUAAUUCCCUGGUGCUUUUCUUCAGAAAGUUCUACAGCCUAGCAGUGGUCCGAAUGAACGACCUAUGCACCCGCCCGCUAACUGACGAAGAGUUGAAACGCAAGAUCUGGACGUGUCUCGAACAUUCCAUCAUGCACCAGACGCAUCUCAUGCGCGACCGCCACCUCGACCAGAUACUUAUGUGCGCCGUCUAUGUCAUAUGCAAGGUUUCAAACAAUGCUAACAAUCAAGUAGAAAGAACGUUUGCGGACAUCAUGCGGUGUUACAGACAGCGACCCCUAGCUGAUAAUCAUGUUUACAGAUCGGUUUUGAUCAAGCAAAGUACUGGAGACAGUUCUCCUGAGAGAGGCGAUUUGAUCAAUUUCUAUAACAAAGUGUAUGUUCAGUGCAUGCAGACUUUUGCACUUCGGUUUACGGGCAAGCAUAAAGAUGAGUGCAGCCUGUCGCCGCUGCCGGCGGGGCGCGGCGACGUGAGCUCGCCGGGGCAGCGCGUGUCGGAGCGCCCGCAGCUGUACGUGAAGCCGCUCACGUCGCCACCGCCCAGCCUCAACCAGCUCACCUACCGCUUCAGCCGCAGCCCCGCCAAGGAUCUGCACGCGAUCAACACGAUGGUGUCGUGCGAGGUGGGCGGCAAGCGCAUGAGCGACGCGGCGCAGGACGUGGUGAAGCGCGCGCGCCUCGGCCUCGCCGCGCCCGGCGUCGCGCGCAAGCUGCAGGGGCUCGUGUCCGACCGCCAGGCCGUGUGAGGUACCAUCUGACCGCGAGGACUUCAGACAUAUGUUAUGAAUUUUGUCUUUAUUCUUCGGUAUAUUGCAAUAAGACUUCCUAUUUUAUUUUAAUCGCAGAAAGCGGCAGAUAUUUUAUUUAUAUUGGAAUAACGAACUAGUGAUCAUCUUAUUGUUUAUAAUCAAGUCUGUAUUUGGAAUACGAGCCAAAUAUUUGUCUCUCUUCAGUGGCUUCGCUUGAAAAUUAUAUUAAUAUUACAUUUGACGAACUAAGAAUCAAUUUUUAAAGUUAACCAAGUUUAGCAUUGACUUUUGGUUUUUAAUAAGGACGGGACGCGACGCACGAAUAGUUUGGCACAUUUAGCUACCUGCUUUUAUCCCAGGGAAAUGAAAGAGACGCUAUCACGAUUGUCGCCUUUCGAUAAUUGUGGCGAAUAUAAUUUUGCGCGUACAGUAGAGAGGUAAAAAACAAGCAGGUGUACGAAAUUAUUCGUGCUUUUUACAUCCUUUAGCAUUGUAUCUUUUUUAUUAGUUUAGCCCAGUGGCUGGUCCAAUGUGGAGCACUUGUGCUAGGGCAUUCGUCAGACGUCGGCAGUCGCGUUGAACUGACACUCGAACCAUAUUGAUCUCAUCUCUUUUAUUUAUGUUGGUUAUGAUUUAAAUAUGCCAUAAAUAAUGUAAAGUUGCUCAUUGCUAAUGUAAACUAAGACUUAAGUUAAGAAUUGAGGAAAUGGCUGUGUCAGAUCAGGUUAGUACAUAAGUUCAUGUGUUUCCAAUUCUUAAAUCACUGGCGACUGCUCCGAUAGCCUUCACAAAGUUUUUUUUAAAUUAUGUAUUUUAGGUAUAACUGACAAACUGCAAUAUGCGUCGCUAUCAAAUCGAUUUGUAUUUUAUUUAAGACGAUCACAAUUAUUACACAAGAAAGUAGUAUAUAGUGACUUGACUAAUAAACGAUACAAUCAAAUAAAUAGACUUGUAAUGCGGAACGAAAGUUCUAUGUAUCAGCACAUAGCCUCUUCCACUUUCUGAGCUUAUUUCAAAACGUAUUAACAUGUACUCCGGUAAUUUUAUUUAGAUAUAUAUGUGAGACGCUUUUCGGUAAAAAAAAUCACCGUAAAAAUAACGUUAGGAAUUAUUGUUCGACUUACAUAUCUAUUUGUUGAGUUGUCUACCAAUAGGAAUAGUUUCUCAAGUUUUAAACAUAAAUGUAUACUUUUCUUUAUAUUAUAUUAAAAUUGAACGACUACUUAUUAUGCACUCGCUGGAUGGAAUCGUAUUUUCGGCGAAAUCUAUUCAAAUUGCUUCCAUGUUGAUUUAAUUAUUUUUUAGCUAUAAGUUAAUCAGAGUAAACAUACAAAAUCAAUUUUGUUUUAACUUUAAUCAAAAUUAAAUGAUUGUGUAUAUUUCGGACAUAACCAUUUUAUCAUGUAUUGUACGAAGAGUAUGUAUUUAGGAUUAGUAAAAGAUGAGUAUGUAAUAAUGACUUUUAUUUUACACCAUGAGAUAAUAAUACCAUUAAUAUCUAGUAAAGAUAAGUAAAUGCCUUUGGACAUGGUUUAACACGUUCACUGUUCUCUUUGUGUUGUAAACCUAACAGCCUUGUGACCCACACGUGAGGGCAAUGGACAGUGAUCGUGUUAAAUGAACAAUCCUAAGCGCACGGUAGUGCGUAGGCCAAGUUCCAGCAACAAGCCGCGCGCAUGUUUUUCUUUCCCAAUAUAAUUCACUAUUAGCUUUUAUUUAUACAUCUACAAUGUGCUGCUAUUGGGAUUUUAUUACAUUAUAUCUAAGUAACCCUUUAAGCUAAAAGUGCAAAAAUGACAAUCUUACUGAGUAAAUACAGAUAUACUUGAGCCUUUCUUGAGAACGUUAUCCUUUUACUACAGCAAGUAUUCUAAAGAGAAAACGUUUUCUUUACAAUUAUUUAUUAUUUGUUAGCCUGUAGUGUCCCAGUGCUGGGCAAAGGCCUCCCUCUCUUUCUUCCACGCGUCUCGGUUUAAGGCAAUGUUUGGCCAAUCUUUUCGAAAGACGUCAAGAUCGAGCCGCCAUCUCCUUCGCGGUCUGCCGUCACGCCGCACUAUGUUUGGUGUCCAUUCGGUACUUUUCUUGGCAUGCGGCAGAUGUGUCCGGCCCAGUCCCAUUUAAGCUUAGCGGCUGUCAGGGCUACGUCGGCUACUCUGGCAAACCUUGAGGGAGAGCUUUUGAGCAUUAGUCAAAGACCAAGUCUGGGCGCCGUAGGUCAGGAUCGGAAGAAUGCACAUAUCCAUGAGUUUUCGUUUCAGCGAUAUGGGAAGGUCCCCCUUCAUAUAUUCCUUCAUGGACCAAUAGCUCUUCCAGGCAUUUUCGGUACGUCCUGCGACCUCCUUUUCUUGUCGUGCCUGGAAAGAGACUAUUUGGCCCAGGUCUCAUGGACAUAUUCAAUUCAAUUCUUCCGCCGUCAACUUGAAUCCUACAUUUGGCACUGUUCGUCAUUAGUUUGAUCUUUGACAUGUUCAUUUGCAAUCCGAUCUCGAGGAUUGCCAUGCUCAGCUGUUGGAGCAUGCUUUCGAGUUCUGUACAAACAGGAGAAUAUUCUCCAGGAUGGUACAAUCACCUGCAAUAAUAUGUUACUCUUGGAUGGCCGCAAAAAUAUCUGUUCAAAUGUAUUGACACCAUUUUUGUGGCCUUUGAAGAGUAACAUAUUAUUGUAGGUGACUACACACUGCAGUGAACAUCGCUAAAUAUACCUACAACAGAUGGUUUCAGUCGAAUAUGGUAAGCUUGCCUUAAGAGUUAUACAGUGACAUGGCAAAUUUACAAGAUUACCUAAUUGAAUAUUUUUACCUUAUAUUUACCAAGACUACUGACUAAACUCUAAGCUAUUCAUAGUAAUUAAUAUCUGGGCGACCGAGCUUCGCUCGGUUCUGUUUCGUAUCCUUGACCUGUGUCGCCAUCUAGUUCGAAAAUAAAUAGUACCUACAU